UUGAGGCAAUAUUGCUUCAAAAACAACAUUUUUACAGUAAAUUGUUUCUCCAUCUUUUCACUGUUUGCACUGUCAAAUGUGAGGAAUAAUUACGUAGUUGAUAUUGUUAGUGAUAAAAUUGCUUGAGAUAUCAUUUUAUGCAAUACAUUUUACACGCGCCGCUUUUUUUAUCGCUAGAGCAAAAAUUUUCGCGGCAAAUAUGGCGUGGAGUAACUGGUGCAUUUUAAAAUUAUCCAUGACAUAGCAGAGGCACAAUUUGUUAUCCAAGACAGCCAAGACACAGCUGCCGCGCGGAUGUUGCUGCGUCAAAUAUAUUCACGUGUGUAACGCUUGUCAGUGCCUUUUAAUAUUGAUUUUCUCGUGCGAUUUGUAUGCAUUUAUAGUGCAGUUUGCAGAAGACCAUAAAAUCAAUAGCAAUAGUGAAAGACAUUGGUAGACAUCAAGAUGUCUGAACCAGUUGAAAAACGCAGAAAAUUGCGUGAAGAUUGUGGAGAAUCACAGUGCCAGUUUUUCGUGACGCGAAAGAAAAGAUACUGCAAAAUGACUGUGGCAAAGGGUGGAAAAUUCUGCAGUCAGCAUGAACCCAUUACAAAGCCCAAUGACAAGGAAAUGGGAAAUAAGUCAGCUGAACGUGUUCCAUGUCCUCUAGAUCCCAAGCACACAGUUUAUGCUUUUAAAUUAACUAAACAUCUCAAAAUUUGCAAUGCACGUCCCAUGAAGAAUGAGAAUUACAUCAAAAUUGGACUAAAUCUUGGGUCAGAGGAUGAGGCGGAAGAUGGAGAUAUGGGACGUAAUUUGAAGCUCAAAGAACUCACCUGUGAUUAUUUGAAGAGCCUGACGGAGAAGAUCAACGGAUUGUAUGUGAAAUUCAUCAAAGACACCAUCAAGACUGUAUUCAGGGAGCACAAGUUGCUUCAGGAGGAACUUGCAAAGCCAGAAUAUGGACCCACAGCAUUGAAACACUUGAGACAGACAGCUGCACUCCUUGGAUGUCUACAGGAGUACAAUCUCCUCCUACCUCAGACAUGUUUUGUGGAAUUCGGUGCUGGCAAGGGACAGGUCUCCUUCUGGAUUGCUCAAGCCAUCAAACACUUCAAGCAAUGUUCAGUGAUUCUCGUCGAUAAGGCUUCCCAUCGCCACAAGAAGGACAACAAAGUCGAAGAUCGUGACACUGUAACGCGAAUUCGAGCUGAUAUUGGAAAUCUCGAUCUCAGUUGGGUACCUCAUCGCAGUGAGAGUAUCGUUGGGAUUAGCAAGCAUCUCUGUGGAGCUGCAACUGAUAUGACCCUUCGAUGCAUCGUGGCUGGUAAUCAGCCACCAAAAGAGAUUAACAAGAAAGCCUGUCGUACCAAAGGUAUCCUCAUAGCUCUUUGCUGCCAUCACCGAUGUGAAUGGAAGUCUUUUGUGGGCAAGCAAUUUCUCCGGGACAAUGGAAUAUCUCCACGAGAUUUCACCGUAAUGACCAAGAUGGUCAGCUGGGCAGUCUGUGGCACAGGAAUGAGCCGUGAACGACGCCGAGAACUCGAAGAAGCUGAAGAUUCUGACGAUUCUGUGGAAAAAUCCUCCGAUGAAGAUGAUGACACGCUGAAAUUAUCACGCAAGGAAAAGGAAGAACUUGGUAUUCGCUGCAAAAGGAUCCUCGAUUAUGCUCGCAUUGUAUACUUGAGACAGAAUCAGUAUGAUGCAUCCCUUAUCUAUUACGUUAAUCGUGAUAUCACUUUGGAAAAUGUUUGCAUUGUUGCCACUCACGAAAGCAAUAAACUUGCACCUAUUUAAAAAUUUAAUUGUUAGGGUAAGUGUGCCAAAUUCCGGCCAGCUUGCAAUUUCGGCCACCUUUUUUGUUCCUCGUAUUUCCAUGAACUUUUAGAUUUUACGUACUCUAGAGAUUAUACAAUGCAAAAGAAUAACAAAAAAUGUAGAUUCGACAAACGAGAUGACGUGAAAAAGAUAUUGGAAGAAUUCCCGACGAGCAAGGAACUAUGAGAAUGAAGGUGGCCGAAAUAGGGCACCAAAGCUAUGUCUAUAUUUUUAUUCAUUUUAAAAUGUAUUAAGAAUGAUUUUAGAGUAAAUAAAGACGGUAAAAUCUUUACAAGAUUCCAA